GAGUGCAGGUGCAAUGCCUUCCCAUUAAGAUUAGACGAGUAGCACACAGGUGAAGCCUCUGUCUGCGUGUAGACUGCUGUUCCCAUUGACUCACUAUGGACCUGCCAUCUUUACUACUUUGUAUAUUGUUGGAAAUCCUGGCUAUAAAUUGUCUAGACCUUGCACAGGAACGUAUAGUGGGAGGAUACGCACCAGUUCCACAUUCAAUCAAGUACAUUGUGUCGAUACAAACAACUGAGCGUCAGCACUUCUGUGGAGGAUCCUUGAUAAAUAAGUACUGGGUAAUCACAGCAGCACACUGCAACAUUGGGGUAAACAAAAUGAUGAUAGUAGCAGGAGACUACUCCCUGACCAUCUAUGAGGGGACAGAGCAAGAAAUCAUGCCCCAUCUUUUGGUGCCCCACCCUGAGUACAACAGCCAUACAGACAACAAUGACAUUAUGCUUAUAAAGCUGAGGGCCCCAGUCUACCUGAACAGCUACGUCUCCAUCGCUCUCCUGCCCAGGCAGGGCGCCACCAUUGCAGAGGGCCGAAUGUGUCGAGUGUCAGGCUGGGGAUACACCAGCCCCAGCGGAGGCCAGAUCCCCUCAACCCUCCGCACUGUUAAACUCCCCAUCGUCUCCACAGAAAAAUGCAACAGCAGUGAGUCCUUUAACGGCAACAUCACAGAAAACAUGAUCUGUGCUGGUUACAGCACUGGUGGAAAGGAUGCCUGUCAGGGGGACUCUGGGGGUCCGCUUGUGUGUGAAGGCCGGGUCUACGGCGUGGUUUCCUGGGGGAGAGGUUGUGCUGAUGCACAGUUUCCUGGAGUCUACACUGCUGUGUCCAAGUACCGCAGGUGGAUAGACAACACCAUAUUUAGCUACUACAGCAGGUGUGACAAGGAGUAGAACCCAGCGUUACUGAGAUUAAGACAAAACACUCAGUGGAGAUUUGAGGUUCAUUUUAGUUUAGCCUGCUUUGAUUUAAUAUGUAUGUUCUUUUUAUCAUUUGUGCACAUUUGAUAAUAUGUUCAUGUGUUAAAGAAAUAGAUCAACAUUUUGGGAAAUACACCUGUUUACUAACUUGACGAGAUAAAUAUCAAAUGCUAAAUAUGAAACUACAACAAGCAGACAGUUAGCGUAUCUUAGCAUUAAGACUGGAAGCAAGGGCAAACAGAAUCCACCUCCCAG